AUGGGUGUUCCAGCGUUUUACCGCUGGUUGGCGGACAAGUAUCCGUUGAUUAUAGUGGAUGUGAUUGAAGAGGAGCCGCAGGUGAUCGACGGCGUGACGGUGCCGGUGAACACGGUGGAAGCGAACCCUAACGGCGAGUUCGACAAUCUGUACCUCGACAUGAACGGCAUCAUUCAUCCGUGCUUCCACCCCGAAGAUCGCGUGUUCCAGUACAUCUUCGACUGCCUAGACCUUCUCUUUUACCUGGUUCUUUCCCUCACGUCUUCUCCCCUUCCAUCCUUUCGCUUCCCACACCCUUCUCUCCUGCAGUCGUCCCCCACGACCCUGCACAAGCCGUCCCCCACCACCCUGCACGAGUUGUUUCAGAACAUCUUUGACUACAUUGACCGCUUGUUUGACCUGGAUUUUUUCCUCCCAUCUCCUCCCCAUCCAUCCUUUCUCUUCUCCACACCCUUGUCGCAUGCUGCCGUCCCGCCGCCCUGCACGAGGUGUUUCAGAACAUCUUUGACUACAUUGACCGCCUCUCGGCCCUGGCUCUCUUUCCUCACAAACCCCCGUCUUCUAUCCUUUCCCACAUUCUUGUCGCGUGCAGCCGUCCCCCACCACCCUGCACGAGGUGUUUCAGGACAUCCUCGACUACACUACAUUGACCGCCUCCUUGGCCUGACGCUUUCCCUCCCAUCUUCUUCCUUUCAUCCGUUCUCUUCCCUACAACUAUCUCUCCUGCAGCCGUCCCCCACCACCCUGCACGAGGUGUUUCAGAACAUCUUUGACUACAUUGACCGCCUUUUCGCCAUGAUCCGCCCUCGCAAAGUGCUCUUCAUGGGCAUUGACGGUGUGGCUCCGCGAGCCAAGAUGAACCAGCAGCGCUCCAGAAGAUUCCGAGCAGCCAAGGACGCAGCAGACGCUGCAGCAGAGGAGGAGAGGCUCAGAAAGGAGCUUGAGCUGGAGGGGCGCAUGGUGCCGCCCAAGGAGAAGCCGGAGACACAUGACUCCAACGUCGUCACGCCCCUUGCCCCCCUCCCUUCCCCCACACAGGCAGCGGAGGAGGAGCGGCUGAGGAAGGAGUUUGAGCUGGAGGGGCGCAUGGUGCCGCCCAAGGAGAAGUCGGAGACGGUCGACUCCAACGUCAUCACGCCCGGCACGCCCUUCAUGCAGCAGCUGUCCGUCGCGCUGCAGUACUACAUCCACCUUAGGAUCAAUCAGGACCCCGCCUGGAAGAAUGUCAAGCUGUCCGUCGCGCUGCAGUACUACGACCACCUCAGGAUCAAUCAGGACCUUGCCUGGAUGAACGUGAAAGUGAAGUUUAGGGUUGGGCCAGGGUUUAAGGGUGGCUAG